CAGUUAGUCCUGAUGGAAAAAACUGAAGGGAAGAUGCUAUUAAGGCUUCGUCUAUUGGGUGUUAGGCAGGCGUGGAGGUUUAGUUGCGAAGCUCUGACUGUGAAGUUGAGUGGAACAGCCUCUAGUGCAGAUCUUGGUGGUAGUAGCAAAUAUUCAAGUGAGAACCUUGAAGACUGA